CUUGGUGUAGGAGAUGGUCUUGUUGAGUUGCAGGGGGGCGGCAGCGCAGUCAAGUCGUGAGUGUACCCUGAGAAUGUGCGAAAAUUUACCGCGUCAGCCAGUCAGAAUACACGGGGUGCGGUCGGUGCGUGGCUGCUUACCCUGAUCGAGCGACGUCAACGGUGGAUUAUAUGACCUCUCCUACGAAUUAUAAGUCUCGUUCUCCGGCAGUUCGCAGGCAACGUUGUUCGCGCUCCACUUACUGGACUUCGUUUCGCACUCGUUUCGCACUUGUUCGCCCUUUUAGCGGAAAAUUUCAACGAGUGGCGCAGUGUCCGCAAUCCCGACGUGCUGAGACGAUGGCCAUUCUUGAACGUUUGCAUUGCUUGGUGUUCGGCAGUCUACUUCAGUCCGCCUUCAAUCAUAUCUGGCGUGGCACUUUCGGUGAUGACGUGGACGGUCUCGUCGAUACCGCAGAAGGGCAGCUCCGACCUCGAGCGCGAGCACUGUUGCAGCCCAUGGCCAUUGAGAGAACUCUUCGAUGAGAGGGAGAGGACUGCGUUUCUACGAGCUUGUAACGAAGACACUCUUCUAAUUUUCGAGCUUGUCUCGAUCUAAGCUUAAGCUGAACCUUAUCCUUAGUGAUCUGUGUUGCAGUAGUUCGCAAGGCCACACUGCCCGCUACCGUACAAGUCCAAGUCCAAGUUCCAC